GUGAUCUCGGGCAGACCGCGGCGACACCUCCGCACGAUGCCUCAGACUCAGAGGAGGAGGACGACUCUUUCGUUCUCCAGAGAACUAGCACCGUGAAAGACGGCCGGUCUGCACCUGCAUCUGGCGAAGCGGCCGAUGACAGUGCCCUUCGUGCCAAUCCAGGCUUUCGAGUAAAGAACACCUUCAUCCACGUGGAUGAAGAGGUCGGCACCGGGAUGGGACGGACAGAGUCCGAUCAGUUCGCGGCCACGCGAACGCAGUCUGACCCCUCAGGCAGCAAUGUGCGUUUGCCACGUUGGCCUUCGAGGCAAGCGCCCCGAGUUCCGGCCGUGCCGGAAGAUUCUUCCGAGGCACCGGCCGAGUCAGAUUCGGACGAGUCUGGUGCAGAGCGGACGCACAAGGAGCUGGAGAGGUUCGAGACUUGGGACCAUUUUGCUGUCCAAGCUCACGGCUACGCAGGGUCGCUGCCCAUGCCGGGCGCAGAUGUUCCUCCUAUGAUGCCAAUGAUCCCAGUUGGCAUGCCUCAGGAGGGCUACCAGAUGCCGGCUGCCUUUGGUUGGCCCGAUGCUUCUGGCCAGAUGACGCUGGCACCUUCAACCGGGCCGGCUUUCGGCCUCGUGCACAGCUUCCACAAAGAGGUCCGGGGUUUCGGCCUUGCCAGCCCUGAUCUCCGGCAAUUUACGAAGGGUCAGGAUUACGAGGGCAGAUUGUCCGUGAUCUCCGGGUCUGAGGUGCAGAGAGGUGGUGUUCAGAAAUACUUGAUGCAGUUCUCAGACGGGGAGCUCACGAAAGCAGAUGGUGUCGGAUUCGUGUUUGCAUCACGCGUGCCGUGUGCAAAGAACAUUCAAAAGAUCGUGUCAGUCUUCGUGAAUCAGCGCGGGCGAAUCUGCAUGCGUGUCUUCGGCGACAUCCUGAAAGCGAAGAAGCACGUGCGGGCGCUGCAGGUGGGUGACUGGAUCGAAAUGGCAAUCGACCUGGAGAAGCUUGGCACGGAUUUGAUUUACUCUGUUCCGAAAACCUUGCAGGUUCAUUCGGAGCUGUUCUUCUCAGCAUCACUAUUUAACAUAUUUUACGAUGUUGCUAACGAUGGAUGCGUGUCAUGCGUACAUGUUCGUUGUUGUGUUCAUGCUCUAUAA